UCGGAGGUGUGAGCAGGCCCGGCCCCGCCGAUUGGUUGGCGCGUUUGUUUGGGGAGGCCUGGCCGGUCGCGCGCGCGCGGGGCCGCAACGGUAGAGCCUCCAUGAGCAGGUGCUGCCUACCUGUGGCCUCGCUCGUGAGGGGACUCCUCGGCUCCGUUUUUCUCUGCCUGACGCGGACUAUGAGCCUCCGUGGGAACCCGGCUGCCUACCUGUCGGGGGCCGCGGGCAGCAGCAGCAGCAGCAGCAGCAGGGCGGGCUCUGACGGAGGCGGCGGCGGCGGAGGGAGCGCCUUCUUCCUGCCCUCGACCUCCUCCUCCUCGCCGCGGCCGAGGCUGCUGCGGCUGCCUGAGGUGCCGGGCGGCGAGCCCUUCAAAGCCAACGACGCGCUGCUGCACUUGCCCCUUCCCGGCCCCGCAGCCGGGCAGGCUCAGCAUCACGUCGUCUACUUCCCGGGGGACGUGCAGAACUAUCAUGAAAUUAUGGCUUGCCAUCCAGAUAACUUCCAGUGGAAACAAUGGUGCUUAGAAAAUGUUGCAAUUAUUCUUGGUCAUCGUUUUCCAGGCAGUUACAUUUGGAUUAUAAAAUGUUCCCGUAUGCAUUUGCACAAGUUCAGCUGCUAUGAUAAUUUUGUGGCAAGCAAUUUAUUUGGAGCACCUGAACACAGUACUGACUUUGGAGCCUUCAGACACCUCCAUGCCCUGCUAGUUAAUGCAUUUAAACUUGCUCAAAAUUUUGUGUCUCAGAAAAGCAUGUGCGACUUCAGCGACAAUACAAAGGCAGUUCCUUGUGAAUUGCCUACUUUUGCAACUAGUAAUGGUUGCCCAGCAGCGGAGAAACACUGUGAACAUGUUAGCAAUUCUGCUAUGAGCUUUAAUGAGCCUUCGGCUAUUGGUAGAGCUUCAUUCACAUUAAUAGGAUUCAGUAAAGGCUGUGUUGUCUUGAACCAAUUACUUCACGAACUGAAAGAAGCAAAAAAGGACAAGGAUAUAGAUGCUUUUAUACAAAACAUAAAAGCUAUGUACUGGUUGGAUGGCGGUCAUUCUGGAGGAAGUAAUACUUGGGUAACAUACCCUCACGUGCUGAGAGUCUUUUCACAGACUGGAAUAUCGGUUAAUGCUCAUGUCACACCAUAUCAGGUAUUUGAUACAAUGAGAACAUGGAUUGGAAAAGAGCACAAGAGAUUUGUACAACUUCUUGAGGAGUUUGGUGCAAAUAUACAUAGCCAACUUCAUUUUGCUGAUGAAGCACCUUCUUUGGACAAUCACUUCAAAGUGCAUGAAGUAUUUUGAUAUCUGCAAAAUAGAUCUUAAACUUCAAGUUUUCUUAACACUUGGAAGAGGAAAUGUUGCAUAUGCUUUCUACUGCUUAUAACCGAAGUCACCAGAAAGUUACAGCUUUUGGAUCUGAACAAGGCAAUAGUAUCCAUGAGGAAAACCAAUUUAAGAGUAAAAAGGGGAAAAAAACAACCUUAAUUCAGAUUAAUGUUAUAGGAAAGGUUUGUGUAAUUGUCUAGAAUUAUAAUGAGCAAAACUUUCAAGCCUAGGUAUAAAAAGAUCAUCUUCAAAUUCUUCUAAUUUGAUGAAAUUGAAGUUUUGUUUUUGAAUAAAAUCCUGUUAUUGAUAUGGGAUAAUUAUUAGAAUAUCAAAGCUAUUCUAAACAUUAUUUAGUACUUUAGCACAAGCAAUGCAGUAAAUUGGUUAUUUUGACAGUAUUUGUCUUCAUUGCAAUAAGUAUACAUUAACCUUGGGAAUAAGGUGAAUAACUACUGUAGUGUUGUGCCACAGAUGCCCUGCAGUUUCUAACCAUUGCAAGCAUCUGCACAUGUAUUUUUUUGUUUUCUUUGCAGGGGGCAGGCAUUGGAGGAGAAUUGAACAACUUUGUGUAUUGUGUGUGUACAAAAAAACGUACACACAUGGUUCAACAUUCCAUAUUAAUGGUGAAGCUUAACUAAGGCUCAAUACAAUCUUGAGCUUUUGUAACUUGAGACUGUUAGAACUUUUGUAACAACUGUUAUAACAACUUUGCUGAAUAUAAAGCCAUGUAAUUAUAUUAAUACUGUACGUUUUUGAAAAAUGAUAGUAGCAUAUAGUUAUUAUUUAUAACGCAGGAAUACCAAGCAGCAUUCUCUAUAAAAUGGCAACUAU